UUUUUUUUUCCACGCUUCAAUAGAUACAAGAUUGACAAAUACUAUUAUGCCUAUUUUAUUGAAUACUUCAAAUACAGCUAUUUUAACAGAGAUACUCACAUGUCCAGCAUGUCAUCAACUAUUGAAAGACCCUAUCACUCUUUCAUGCGGAUAUACAGUCUGUCUCGAAUGUGUUCCCUUUAGUCAUAUUCCAGCAACACGAAAACAAGUCUUUCAUUGUCCAGUAACAUCUUGCAAUGUCUUGACUCAUCUUUUUGGUCCUCAGCUUCUUAUCAAUGUUGCAGUAGCAGAACUGAUAAAAGCCUUUGAAAACCAUUGCCUCACUAAUCGCAGUCCAAAUGGGACCAAUGCAAUAAACAGGAACAGGACAGAUACAGACACAGAUACAGAUACAGAUACAGAUACAGACACAGACACAGAUACAGUUACAGUUACAGUUACAAACGCAAUCAUGGCAUGUAUGCAAUGUCAUCAUUGUUUCCUUCCUAUUACUUCAGAUUGUAACGAUAUCAUCAUUACUACAUUGUGCGGGCAUACAUUUUGCAGAUGUUGUGUCCUAAAAGCAAAGAUCAAAACUAAUUCUUGCCCUACUUGUUUACGUCCACUUCCUAAAUACCGUAUUUUAUCAGAGCAACCCCCUAAUCAGCUCAUUCAUGAUUUAGUAAAGCGAUUUGGAUGGUUCGAUCUUUUAUCAUCCAAUAAGAAGAAGAAUAGGCUCCUGUUGGAUUUACAGCUGAAUAAAUUCUUAACUGAGACAUGGUGGCAUCAUUACAACACGCCACUAUUCAUUUCAGAUACAAUCAUCCUACCCAAUCAACGUCUUCGAUUAUCCAUUUUUGCUCCACACCACUUGCAUAUCUUUCAUCAGUCACUGAUCCCUUCAUAUCAUGGCAUCCUUUUAGCCUCUGUUCAUUCUGCUCAACCUCAGAUGGCUCAGUUUGGCACUCUCUUGAAAAUUACUAACUUAGUGCAUCGGUCAGACAUGAUUCUAGUCGAUGUGGUUGGCCUCUAUCGAUUUAAGCUUGAGGCCCAUUAUGAAAGGGAAGAUGGGAUGGUUAUAGGCGAUUUUAAGGUUUUACAACAACAACAACAACAAAAAGACAAAGACAAAGACAAAGCCGAGGACGAAGACGAAGACGAGAUAUCCUUCAUUCAUAACCGAGAAAAGAUGACAACAGGGGCUAUGAUGGAACAAGAAGGAUCAAAUGAGCUUUUUAAUGCCAUUGAACUCGCUGAUAUAGUUUUACAACUUAUUCAUCAUCUUGGUUCUCCAUCAUUACCUACAACGGUUCAUAAUGUAUUCGUUCUACAUACCCAAACCUCUAGUCUCUUUGGACCCCUUUGGUUAGAAAGCGUUAAAUCCCUAUAUGGUUCUGCACCUUUCAAGGAGGAUCCAGAGGCUGUCUGUUGGUGGGCGGCUACUAUCUUGCCCAUUUCCUCUAGGGAUCUAUACCAUCUCUUGAGAACUGUACCCAUCAUCAAUCGCCUUGAAUUCAUUAUCUCUUGGAUACAUAACCUUCAAUCUCAAUGGAAAAAAUGUCGCAAUGCGGCUAUUCAUGCUUUUACUCAAGUUCCAUAAAAUACACACACACACACAUUAGUUGAUGAUAUAACAUUUCUAUUUCUAUUUAUACCCUCUAACAAUAGUAUGUAUCGCGUAAUUAUAUCCUUUUAUUUGCUAUUUUAUAUUUAUUAUAUAUUUAACAAAAUUGCAUCUGAAUAUAUCAAUAAAAUAUUAAUAUCCACAAACA